UCCAGCCAGACUCCUGCAAGCAGCACGGUCACCAGCCGCCACCAGCCCGGCCAGUGCCCACACUCAUGGAGCCCCGGCCGCUCCUCCUGCUCCUCGGCCUCUGCUCAGCUGGCCUGGUCCUGGGCUCUGAGCACGAGACCCGUCUGGUGGCAAAGCUAUUUGAACAAUAUAACAAAGUGGUGCGGCCAGUGGAGGACCACCGCCAGGCCGUGGAGGUCACCGUGGGCCUGCAGCUGAUACAGCUCAUCAACGUGGAUGAAGUCAAUCAGAUCGUGACAACCAAUGUUCGACUCAAACAGCAAUGGGUGGAUUACAACCUAAAAUGGAAUCCAGACGACUACGGUGGCGUGAAAAAGAUUCACAUUCCCUCCGAAAAGAUCUGGCGCCCAGACUUGGUUCUCUAUAACAAUGCAGAUGGUGACUUUGCCAUCGUCAAGUUCACCAAAGUGCUCCUGGACUACACUGGCCACGUCACGUGGACACCCCCGGCCAUCUUCAAAAGCUACUGUGAGAUCAUCGUCACCCACUUUCCCUUUGAUGAGCAGAACUGCAGCAUGAAGCUGGGCACCUGGACCUACGAUGGCUCCGUGGUGGCCAUCAACCCGGAAAGCGACAAGCCAGACCUGAGCAACUUCAUGGAGAGCGGGGAGUGGGUGAUCAAGGAGUCCCGGGGCUGGAAGCACUGGGUGUUCUACGCCUGCUGCCCCUCCACCCCCUACCUGGACAUCACCUACCACUUCGUCAUGCAGCGCCUGCCCCUCUACUUCAUCGUCAACGUCAUCAUUCCCUGCCUGCUCUUCUCCUUCCUGACCGGCCUGGUGUUCUACCUGCCCACAGACUCAGGAGAGAAGAUGACCCUGAGCAUCUCUGUGCUGCUGUCCCUCACCGUGUUCCUGCUGGUCAUCGUGGAGCUGAUCCCCUCCACCUCCAGCGCGGUGCCCUUGAUUGGGAAAUACAUGCUCUUCACCAUGGUGUUCGUCAUCGCAUCCAUCAUCAUCACCGUCAUCGUCAUCAACACCCACCACCGCUCCCCCAGCACCCACGUCAUGCCCGACUGGGUGCGGAAGGUUUUUAUCGACACCAUCCCAAAUAUCAUGUUCUUCUCCACAAUGAAAAGGCCGUCCAGAGAAAAACAAGACAAAAAGAUCUUCACCGAAGACAUUGACAUUUCCGACAUUUCUGGGAAGCCGGGGCCUCCACCCCCGGCCUUCCACUCUCCCCUGAUCAAGCACCCCGAGGUGAAAAGUGCCAUCGAGGGCAUCAAGUACAUCGCAGAGACCAUGAAGUCAGACCAGGAGUCCAACAACGCGGCUGAGGAAUGGAAGUAUGUUGCAAUGGUGAUGGACCACAUUCUCCUUGGAGUCUUCAUGCUCGUCUGUAUCAUCGGAACCCUGGCUGUGUUUGCAGGUCGGCUCAUUGAAUUAAAUCAGCAAGGAUGAGCAGAAAGCUGAGCUGAGCACCAGGCCCCAGCACCAGGAAGAGCAGAGAAAGGUGGGCAAACAGGAAGACGUGUCCACUUGGAUAUAAGCUCACUUAUCAAACAUUUAAUUUUCUGUUUGCAUGAUGAACCAUAAUAAUUUACAUUUAUAAGGUUGUGGCCUCAAAGUGUUUUCACCUUGCUUCUCCCUUCGAUCUCUGUCGGCCUGGAGAGUGAACCCCUUUCAGUAAAUCAAACUGGAUCGCUACAGUAAGUUUCCACCCCCAAUGGUGUCUGGAAGUUUUGCCCAGAAUAGCUGAGGUUUGCUGUUGGCUUGUUUUUCUAUUUUUAUUGAUUUAAGAAAAGAAUGUACCCUUGUCUUAAAAGCCAGUUUUGUGCCUAGUGGGAAAGCCCCACCUACCAGUCCCAGGAAGGUAAAGCAUUGGGUCUGGAGAGAAAGGAGACAGUAGACAGGCUGCCAAAAUGCAAAUUGCAUCAAGCCCCCGGUGAUAAAGUCCAUGUCUACAACUGGUGGCCGAGGAAAGCGUUUCCCAGUCUAAGACAGCAUCUGGGUUUGAUGCUCAGGGUUUGAGGGAACACAGGUCCUGAUUCCCAGGCACGAGGGAAUCACCUCACAGACAAGAUUUCUUUCAUCCUCAUGACUUUCGUGCAGACGAGCAAACUGAACCUGAGGGAGGUUAAGUUCAUUGCCUAAACCAGUGGUUCUCAACCUUCUGGCCCUUUAAAUACAGUUCCUCAUGU